UCGCUACUGUAAUUUUUAAUUGUGGAAAAAAUGAAGUUGGCAAUAGUUGUGUCGAUAUUAUUGUGCAUUCAUUGUACAAACGCAUUUUCAACUUAUAACACUUGGAAAAAUCGAAUAGCAAAAUACAAUGAACUGCUUGACUGUGAAUAUUACACAACUUCUGAGGAUGUUUAUAGAGAUUCGAUUGAAAUUGAGACUGGAACAUUCUAUUCAUUGUCUACAGAUGCGAUUAAGUUUCGUUUAAGUGCAACUGACGAUAAUACGGAUAAUGGGCUUUAUUUCGUAAUUGGAGAACGCUUUAAUGGAUAUGAUCAAAGGUUUGGAACGACCAUCUAUGGGCUAGGAAAGACCUACGUUAAAUUUGGAGGAAAUGUAUUGAAAACAUUAACAACACCGGAAAUCAUUCGAAAUGAUCAACCAAAUAAAAUAUCUUUCAAAGUUUUAGAAGAUGGCUACAUUCAAAUCACUAUUAAUAACAACACAGUGUUUUUAUUCAAGCCGAAUGAAUUUGAUUCAACUACAUUGAAAUACAUCAGUUUUGCUGCAAGCACAGAUCUAUAUAUUCAAGAAUUUUUUUAUAACUGCAAAGGCAAUAGCAUUGACGACCCUGUAUUUCCCGUUCCUUUUAUACCGACACAAAAAAUAGACCCUACAGUCGAGACGUAUAGUAUCGAGGACGAAGUAGUUUAUUAAGAAUGAAAUGAGAUUUCAUAUAACAUUAACAUGAUGGGUUUAUAAUUAAAAAUAUCUAAAAUACUUGAGUGUAUUUAGAAUGAUUAGAUUUAUGAAACGUUCUUAAAUCAUAAAGAGCAAGUGCAAAUUAUAAAUCAAAAAUAAAUAGUUGAACAUUGAAA